AUGGAUAUCAAUUUAAAUAACAUUAAAGAAUAUAUAAAUAUUAAAGACAAAGAAUUUACAAAUAAGUUUACAAAUAUUUUACUAGAAACUUUCACUAAAUUCAGUGUGUGGUAAUCAAAGAUGUUAAAUCUCAAUAAAAAAUUAUCGUCAGGAUCAACCUUUAAUAAAACUCAAUUAAAAUUAUUCAUUGAUAGAAUCUUUGAAGAAUUAUAACUAAAUUUGAAACAGGUAUCAACAUAUAUUGAGGAUGUGUUCCAAUAAUUAAACUCUAAUCUAAUACAAUAAAUUAACAAAUUAGAAUAAUUUAAUCGGCAAUAUGAAUAACUUUUUAUUGUGGAUAAUUUUGUUAAUGAUAAAAGAUUGUAAUUCACUUAUGAUUUCAGUGAAGCUUUUAGUUAUUAUUCUAAAUUUAUUGCAAGUGACAAUCAAGUUGUUAGCAAAAUUGUAUAAAUUCAAGAUAAAAUAAUUGUAAGUAGUUUUGAUAAAUCAAUCUCUAUUUGGAAUAAGAAUCUUUAAGAGUUAUAAAGAAUUAAAGAUGUACAUUAAUCAUGGAUCAGAGUUUUAACCCACUAUAAAUAUUAGGGUCAGGAAUAUAUUUUAAGUUGUGGAGAUGAUUAAAAAUACUCAAUUUUCAAAGUCAACAUAGACAAUAAUUAUCAAAUUUUGCAAUUGAAUCAGGAAAUAAGUACUCUCGCUUAUAGUAGAUAGGCUAUUUUUUAUAAGGAUUGCAUUCUAAGUCCAGGAGGUCAAAGAUAAAACCAUGAUAUCUUAUGUUAUAAUUUGGAUGCUAAUCAAUACUAAUAUAGAUUUUAAUUUCACAAGAAUAUGCUCAUCAACUUAAAGUAUAUUGAACCAAAAAUUUUGUUAUCCACAGAUUCCCAAGGAUAUACUGUAAGAUGGUCAAUAGCAAAGAUCUCAAGAGUGAGUCUGAGGAAAAUGAAUAAUUUGAGUUGUUCAGAUUAUGAAUACAAUUUUAAUUUCUUUGGGACUGAAUAAGGAAAGAUCACAAUUUGCAAUAGUUACGGCAAAAUAUUGAGAAGUACAAAAUUAUCAAAAUCAAAAAUACUACACAUUCAAUAAAUAGAUUCUGAUCAUUUGAUAUUUAUCUGCAAACCUGAUUACUUUUGCUUGUAUAAUAUAAUGCAAAAUGAAUUGCUGCAGAAAGUGAAACUAUUAGAGAUCGAUGAAAUAACAGCAAUUAGUAUAAAUAUUCCAUAAAGUAUAUUGAUUCUUGGCGACAAGAGAGGAAGACUUUUUGUGUAUAAUUUUAGAUUGUAUUUAACGAUAAUAUGA